UCAUUCAUUCAUUUUUUUUUAUUUAUCAAAGCAUUAGAUUUCUUUCAAAACUUCAUAUUUUACAUUUUAUUCGUCUGUGAUUACUUGAAAGAUGGUGAAGAAAGAUCAAAAGAUUCAACAUAAGCCGUCGAGUAUGACACCAACAUUAUCGUCCUCAUCAUUGUCAUCGCUACCACUAUCACCGUCACCUUUAAUCAACAAAGAGAAAUACAAGGGAGUGCGAAUGAGGAGUUGGGGUUCAUGGGUUUCUGAAAUUCGGGCACCAAAUCAAAAAUCGCGCAUAUGGUUAGGAUCUUACUCAACACCCGAAGCCGCAGCUAGAGCCUAUGAUGCAGCCCUUCUAUGUGUUAAGGGUCCCAUUGCAAAUCUCAAUUUUCCUUCCCACCAAUAUGAUGACUUUCUCACCACCACCACCACUACCACUGUUGUCAUGUCUCCAAAAUCCAUCAAAAGGGUGGCUACUGCCGCUGCUGCCGCAGCUACCACCAUCACCUCUCCACCACCAUCCCCUUCUUAUUCAACACCUUUCUCCUCAUUUUCUCCGUCUCGAUCAUGUUCAUCUAACGAGACAAGCCAAAGAUUCUGUUUAGAAAGUGACCCUCUCGAUGGCACCUUGAUGUCGAUGGUUGCACCAUGGUGCAACUUUGAUUCACCGAGGUACAACGACAUGAUGCAAAAUGGGUCACCCUUUAAUCCCUUUGAUGACGAAGGUGACGAAAUUCGUAUCUGGAGCUUCUACUAGAUCAUGCAACUUAGUUGUUUUUUGGACAAGUUUUACUAACAUUCAACAAAAAUUCAUUUGUUUAGUUUUUCUUUACCCAGAUUUAUUUAUGUAUAUGU